CGGGAAUGGAAAAACGAAGGCAGCAAAAGAUACAUGUGCACUGGCCGGCCUGGCUGGCUGACUGUAUCACUUCGUGUCGGAAAGUACAAGAAGAUUCAUAAGAACAUCAUGAUCAACUUAAUGGAUGUUCUGGACGUGGACAGUGAAAGACAGGUUGUUCGUGUGGAACCUUUGGUGACCAUGGGCCAGUUGACAGCACACCUGAAUCCCAUGGGCUGGACCGUUCCUGUGGUUCCAGAGCUGGAUGACCUUACAGUAGGUGGCCUGAUCAUGGGAACUGGCAUUGAGUCUUCAUCCCACAUCUAUGGACUUUUUCAGCACACCUGUGUGGCCUAUGAACUUGUUCUUGCUGAUGGAAGCCUUGUGAGAUGUUCACCAACUGAAAAUUCAGACCUAUUUUAUGCAGUGCCUUGGUCUUGUGGUACUCUGGGUUUCCUGGUUGCAGCAGAAAUAAAAAUGAUUCCUGCCAAGAAAUAUGUCAAAAUACAUUAUGAGCCUGUGAGAGGACUGCAGAAGAUUUGUGAAAAGUUUACUGAAGAAUCUAAGAAAAAGGAGAAUAGUUUUGUGGAAGGACUUGUGUAUUCUUUGGAAGAAGCAGUCAUCAUGACAGGAAUCUUGACCGAUGAAGCUGAGCAAAGCAAGAUAAACAGAAUUGGCAACUACUACAAGCCGUGGUUCUUUAAGCAUGUGGAGAAGUAUUUGAAAGCUGAUAGGACUGGUGUAGAAUACAUUCCCUCAAGACAUUAUUACCAUAGACAUACACGCAGUAUCUUUUGGGAGCUCCAGGAUAUUAUUCCUUUUGGCAAUAACCCUGUUUUCCGUUACCUGUUUGGCUGGAUGGUUCCUCCAAAAAUCUCUUUGUUAAAACUCACCCAAGGAGAAGCUAUUCGAAAGCUGUAUGAGCAACACCAUGUUGUACAGGACAUGUUGGUGCCAAUGAAGAGCCUUGAAAAAUCUAUCCAAACCUUCCACGUUGACCUUAAUGUGUACCCUCUUUGGUUAUGUCCUUUCAUAUUGCCCAAUAAUCCUGGUAUGGUCCACCCAAAAGGGGAUGAAGCAGAACUCUACGUGGAUAUAGGAGCUUAUGGAGAGCCCAAAAGCAAACAAUUUGAAGCCAGGGCUUCAAUGAGGCAAAUGGAAAAGUUUGUAAGAAGUGUGCACGGUUUCCAGAUGCUGUAUGCAGAUUGCUAUAUGACCCGUGAGGAGUUCUGGGACAUGUUUGAUGGUUCGUUAUACCACAAGCUGAGGGAGCAGAUGAAUUGCAAGGAUGCCUUUCCAGAAGUGUAUGACAAAAUCUGCAAAGCUGCGAGGCACUGAGCCUGGGUCAUCUAAGCAAGCAAUCAGGGAAAGAUUAAUUUACCUAUAGCUAGUCAGUAUAUCCUUAAAAAAAAAAAAAGCUUUAUUGCUCUCCAAAUAAGCUUCUUCUUGUUGAUGUUUAAAGGUAUGAAUUCCUGCUUUAUGAGUUUAUGUUUAGUAUGUCUUCAUAUGUUUUAAAACCAAUUUUCGAAACUCAAAGUGAUUGUUUUUAAGAACUCUUAAGUGCUAGCCUUUGUAUCUGAUGUCGUGACAUAGGUGAAUUCACCUAUUUCCGAGCAUAAGAAACAUAAUUGGAAAGGAAGAAGAUGCUGGAGUUACACCAGCUGUAUACUGUAGCUGUAUUUAAACUUACUUUUGAAAAUGACAGGGAGGGCUUAGAAAUGGGUGCCAAAGGUGAACACAUUGUCAGAUUA